CACAUAAUGGAAGAAAAAGUUGUUUCACUCUCUUCAAUUAAUAUGAAAAAUUUUCAAUCUUUUCAAAAUUUUACUGGAAUCACUGUAGAAUGUGUAAAGUUUAAUGGAACAUUGCCUAGAAAAGACAUAGAGCCCUAUGAAUGGUCUGAUCAUAUUGAAGAUUAUUCAGUUCAGCGGGAACAAAUCCUUGAAUAUUUAAACAAACACCUCGGUCCAAAACUUCACACUGAUGUUAUCAUUCUCAAUGUUGCUAACAAUAAAGAUUUUCUUAAUAUAUAUAAUAAUCCAUUGCUUCCAUUCGAUAUCCGAGGUGGAACGGAUUUAAUCUUGGUGGAAGAGGGUUAUGUCAAAGGAAAAAUUACCCAUGCCGGAAUUCGUGCAGUUUUUGAAUUCAAGAAAGAAGUAGAAGACCGUCAUGUAUAUCAGACUAUUUUGAAAAUGUUUUCCGCGGACCUUUAUGCAAAUGACAAGAUUAAGGUUUUCGGUGUAUUGACUGAUCUGAAAAGUUCAUGGAAUAUUUACUGGAUAGGAAAUGAAAAGAGAGUUAUGAUAAUUACAUUUUCACACCGUACAAAAGCGUUAGAUUUGAUUGCUCAGAUGGCGAAUGAUCUAAAUGAAACUUCUAAAACCGUGCAUAUGCUUGGUUUGCCAAAAAUUGAACGUGUGAAGUUUAAACAACUUUAUAAUGAUGGUGUGCCUUACGAUGACCCAAUGACAGAUUUUUAUGAAGAAAUGGUCAAAGAUGAGAGACAAAGGCAUGAAGUACGCAAGGCUGUUACAUUAAUUAAAAAUACACCAAUAUUUUCGAGCAU